AAUCUGGGAGUAUCCCCAUUCUUUAUACCAAACUCCCAAAAUUACGUAACUCCCUUUACUCCUCUGUAAUUACAUAUUGGUUCCAUUCCGAUCUCAUCCAUUCUAUAAAUACGGCAGUGGUACACAAAACAUGUGAGGAAAAGUCCAACCACAAUCUACCAGGGCUCCAUACUUUGUUUUCACAGUCCUCAUCACUAGAAAGAUCUGUUCUCCCCGGCCACUAUAAAAGCAACAACGCAGAAUUUUUUUAUUUUUUUUUUUUUGUGGUGGGCGUUCACUUUUUGCUGGUAAUUCUGUGUAUCUAAUGGCUGGUUUACAGAGAUCUGCGACGUCGUUCAGGAGACAAGGAUCGUCAGGACUAGUAUGGGAUGACAAGUUAUUGACAGCUUCAGGUGAAUUGGUUCAGCUGGGAAAUCCAAGAGGAGGAGAAAGUGCGACUAAAAGUGACAGAGGAGAAGAAGAAGAAAAGCCGAAAUUGAAAGUGUCGGUGCCGCCAUCAAAAACAACAGGUGAAUCUAUGGAGAGGAACCGAUCUAAUAGAGGUUUCCGAACCGGUAAGGUUUCGCCGGCAAUUGAACCGCCGUCACCGAAAGUAUCUGCAUGUGGAUUUUGUAGAGCUUUUGGGAAGAAUGAUAAAACUAACCGUCGAGCCAAAUCCGGUAAGCGCAAGAUGUGAAAAAAGGAUUACGUUAUGAAAUGGUUGGUGGUAAGGUGCAAGUUGGCUGAGUAACGUUCAUCUCAAUAAGGAUGAGGUGUUAGAAUUUUGGUACUAGAAGACAACUGUACUUGUUUGGCUUUUUCUUGCCAGAUUCGUUCUCUUCUUUAGGUUCUGCUGCAGGGGACAAUUUCCUCCGGUGUUUUGCUUUUCUUGGUUGGCUGGGUAAUCGAUGUGCAUAAGGGUUCGUCUUUCUUUUUUUCAAAAAAAAAAAAAACUUUUAUGUUGAGCCGCCGUGAGUAAUUUCUCGUUGUAUAAAGUUGAAUCUGAAAUUGGGACCAUCUUUUGCUUUGUCUUCUGGUAUGUGAUUUGGGUAUAUCUCAUGUCUUGUCUUCUGUAUACGACGAGUAUGUUUAUUGUAUACUCUUUCUCUCUCCCUAUAUAUAUAUAUGUAAAUUAUGUAUA